AUGAAUAUACAAGAAAAGUUGUCACAAAUAAAAAAGUUAUUAGAAUUGCAAACUUUUCAGAAAAAUGAAACAAGAGAAAAUCUAAUAAAAUUAUUAAGGGAUCUUUAUUUAAUAUAUAUGUUUUAUAAGAUUGAAGACACGAACAAAGUUCUAAAAUGUAGAAGAGAACAAAAAUCUAUUUUACGUUUAUUGCUUGUUCAUGUAGACAGUGAAAAUCAUACUAAUAAUGGAGAAAAAAUUUUAAUGAUUAAUUUAAUAAAAAUAAUGGAAAGGAAAGUAGAUAAACUCUUUUCUUAUUAUCCAAAUAUAUGGAAAGGUUGUAACUCUUCUUUUUUUUUUUAUAUUUCUUUGCAUCAUGAUGAUAAAAAUUUAAUGAAUACUUUUUUUACUAUUUUGGCAAAUUCAGAAAAUACAUAUAGAAAUAUAUAUAUUUCCAUAUUAUUAUUUAAUUCUAAUGAUUUUUUAAUUAAAAUAAAAACAUUAAAAUUUAUUUUUCAAAAGUAUAUUUUAAAUAAUGAAAAUAAAAACGAAUAUAGCGUUGAUGGAGAGACAAAUUUUGAUGAAAAAACACUUUUUACUAAUUUUCUAAUAGAUCAAAAUGAUUCUAAAAAUAUUUCAAAACAAAUAAUGAGCUGCUUUUUCUUUUCUAUAAUAUCUGAUUUGAUUAAAAGUGAUUAUAUUACUUUACUAAACGAAAAUAAAAAAGAUAAUGAUGAAACUAUUUUAAAAUGCAUAAAUGAAAAAAUGAGUAAAGUGAAGGGAAAAACUAACAAUAAAUAUAUCAAAAGAUUAAUUCAUUAUUCUGUUAAUAAAAAUAUUUUUCAUAGUUAUUUCAAUAUAAUUGAAAAUAGUAUUUUGAAUGAAAAUAUAAGUGAAAAAAGCAUAGACAAGAGUUGUUUUUCAAAUAAAGAAAAUAGAAAAUUAAGUAUCACUAAAAAAGAAAAUUUAUAUUAUGAUGCAGAAAAGGAUAAAAUUCUUUGCAAUAAAAUAAAAAAUCAUUAUAACGAAAAUUUUUUGAAUGGAAUUUUUUUAUAUAUAAGAAAUCUGAUAAAAAAUUAUGAUGAAUUUUAUACAUCAAAAAAUUGCUUAAAUAAGAUAAAGAAAAAUUAUAUUUCAUGUUGUUUAAUCCAAUGUGUACAUAUUUUAUUUAAUAUAUGUUGCCUUAAUAAUAAAUUCGUAAAUAAUUCUUAUAAUUUAAUAAAGGAUAUGAAAAAGAAAUUAUCAAAUUAUAUGAAUUGUUCUGUUAUUGUUUCAAUAGCUGAAUUUAUUUUAUUUUUUUCUAGUGAUGAAGAAUUUGUUAGAGUAUCUAAUUAUUUAUUUUCGUAUAUUUCAAAUGAAUAUAAAAAUCAUUUAGUAGCUAUUACCUUUUUUGAUUUUAUAAUAAAAAAUGUAAACAUACUUAAGGAAAGAAGGUUUUUUUUUCAGAAAUAUUAUGUUAUAAUAUUAAAAACAUAUUUCUAUCAUCAUAGAAUUUUAAAAAAUGAUUUAAUUUACAUUUUUCCAUACUUAGUUUAUGAUAAUAAUUAUAGAGAUCUUCUAUGCUUCCUUUUAAAUGCUCCUCUUUUGAUUAAUAAUGAAAAUAUUGUAAAAAUUAGGGAUGCUAAUGUAUUAAAAAGAGAUAAAGAUUUUCAAAAUGAAAAAAGUUAUAGAACAAUCCUUGAUAAAGAUAGCUCAAUUUCUUUGAACAACGACGUAGAUUAUCAUCAAAUUAUUAAAGAUACAAAAAAUAAAAGAAGAGCAAUAGACAUAAUAGAAAACAUGCAUAAGUAUUUAAAAAUUUAUUUUGAAACUGUUUUAUUAAGAAAUAAUGAAAUAUAUAUAUUUGAAAUAGCCAAAAUUGUAUUACAUAAAUUAAGCUAUAUAGAAGUGCUUGAAAUAAUAAAUAAAGAAAGCUUAAAAGAAAUAUUAAAAGGUUUAAAUAAUAUAAUCAAUAGCAAUUCGAGAAUAUUAUUAAUUUUUAAAAAUGAAUUUAUAAAUUUGUUAAAAAAAAAGUCAGAAAGCUAUUUUUUAAUAAAGAGAAAAAUGUUGGAAAUGAUCGGCUACAAUAUAGAACAUAUGAAAAUUACUUAUGAUAAAAUUAAAGAUUAUUAUAUAACGUUAAAUUCUCUUUUUUCAUAUAAUAAUUUUAAAGAAUUAAAAUACUGGGUAUCUUUAAUUCAUGCUUUUACUAAUAUUGCAUUAUAUUGUCAUGAUUUAGCCAAUAAUAUUUUAAAUACAUAUAAAAAAUUUAUUUCUCAAAAUAAUGUUACAUUGAUACUAAAAUAUAUAGUUAUGGAAAAUAUUAACAUUAUAAAAAAUGCUUCAUACGCUAAAAAUGUAAAUUAUACAAAAUAA